UGAAUUACAGGAAGAAGGAAUGAAUGCCAUUAACUUACCUCUCAGUCCAAUUCCAUUCGAACUAGACCCUGAGGACACUAUGCUAGAGGAAAAUGAAGUCCGAACAAUGAUUGAUCCAAAUUCAAGAAAUGACCCAAAAUUACAAGAACUAAUGAAGGUAUUAAUUGACUGGAUUAAUGAUGUGUUGGUAGGAGAAAGGAUUAUUGUGAAAGACUUGGCUGAAGACCUGUAUGAUGGACAAGUAUUGCAGAAAUUAUUCGAGAAACUUGAAAGUGAGAAGCUGAAUGUUGCUGAAGUUACUCAGUCUGAAAUUGCUCAGAAACAGAAGCUACAGACAGUACUUGAAAAGAUCAACGAAACCCUUAAACUCCCUCCAAGAAGCAUUAAAUGGAAUGUUGACUCUGUUCAUGCUAAAAGUCUCGUAGCAAUACUGCAUCUUCUGGUUGCGUUAUCACAGUAUUUUCGAGCACCGAUCAGACUCCCAGAUCACGUGUCCAUUCAGGUGGUUGUUGUGCAGAAACGAGAAGGAAUCCUCCAGUCUCGACAAAUCCAAGAGGAAAUAACUGGUAACACUGAGGCAUUAUCAGGAAGGCAUGAAAGGGAUGCAUUCGACACCUUAUUUGACCAUGCUCCAGACAAGCUCAAUGUAGUGAAAAAGUUUGCAGAUGGCGUGUACUUAGUCCUGCUAAUGGGUCUCCUAGAAGGUUAUUUUGUUCCUCUGCACAGCUUUUUCUUGACUCCUGAUAGUUUUGAACAAAAGGUCCUCAAUGUUUCUUUUGCAUUUGAGCUAAUGCAAGAUGGUGGAUUGGAAAAACCAAAGCCAAGACCGGAAGAUAUUGUGAAUUGUGACUUGAAGUCCACACUGAGAGUGCUGUACAAUUUGUUUACGAGAUACAGGAACGUGGAGUGA